CAAGAAGCGUUAAAUGCGCAGCCGAUAUCUGCUGGUGCUUUAUCAAAAGUAUCACGCGUGGUUAAAGUACGCUCGACGAUGAUAACUCGAUUCCUCGAGAGCGAAAUGUGUUACGCACACAAGUAGACCGCACCCAAGUGUAGACACGCUGUGUCUAUCGCGUGCACAAGAAUAGCUCGUAAUUUCCGUCAAGGUGUUUUGCGCUUUAGUUUUAUUGGUAAUUAUUUGUAUUACGCCACUGAAAGCAAAAUGAAAAUAGUUAUCGUUGGUGGCGGCAUCGUUGGACUAACGACGGCCGGAUUUGUACAAACGGGCUACUUUCGUAACGCUGACAUUACGGUCUUGGCAUCGAAUUUUGACGACACCGUCAGUCACGUAGCCGCGGGACUCUUUAGAGUCGGCUCUUGCUUCAGUGGCCCUAGUGAGACGGUAACGAGGCAAUGGGUAAAAGAUUCUUACGAAUUUUACGAUGCCCUUCGAAAAACGGACGAUGCCUCUUACGCUGGAGUGACUGAUAUUUCUGGAUAUAUAUUUGCAAAUUCCUCUCCGGAUAUCGUCAAGAAUCGUUGGCUGGAAAACGUGGUGCCAAUGUACAGACGAGCAACCAGGGAAGAAUUUCAACUGGUUGACGGCAGUUGGAAGUACGGAUCGUAUUUCUCGACUCUUCUGACGCAAAGCAAUCUGUAUCUUCCGUGGGCUAAAGAUCGAUUGCAAUCGAAGGGAAUUACGUUCAAGCGGAGAGAGGUGAAUUCUCUCAAAGAGCUGACUGACGAGUACGAUAUCGUAAUGAAUUGCACCGGGCUUGGAGCGCGCCGAUUAUGCGACGACAGACGUCUCGUUUCACUGCGUGGCCAAGUGGUCAAGGUGAAGGCACCAUGGGUGAAAAUGUUCUUUUACGGCGAGCUCGACACUUACGUCAUACCAGGCUUCAACGGUGUAGUUACCUUAGGUGGAUCGAGAAGUUUCGAUUCCGAAAAUAUGAAAUUGUGUCCGUACGAAUCCGCAGCAAUUGGCGAAAGAUGCGAGACGCUAGUUCCGUCUUUGAAAAAUGCGGAAAUUUUGCGGGAGGAAGUUGGCUUACGACCGCACCGGGAAGGUGGCGUCAGGGUCGGGGAUGGGAGUCGCAUCAGUGACCAUUCAAAGGCUAUAGUCGUACAUAAUUAUGGACACGGCGGUUACGGAGUUUGCAUGGCACCUGGAACUGCUAUAGCAGCCGUCGACUCGGCCGUCCAACUUUAUAAAUCUACAAGCUCCAAAAUAUAAUUGUCACUAUAUCUGCAGACACAUCCUUUAUUAUUAAUGAGUUUACAUAAAUUAGAAUUUGUUUUAAUACUGCUUGGUAUCAUUUGCUGAAAUGCACUUGCAUAUUUAAAUAAAACACAUUUUCAAACUA